CAAUCCAUUUCGCAAACAUUUAUUACCUGUUUCAGCGGUGUCGGCUUUCAGAUUUCAGAAUUGUCGCACGAACUUUGUAUUAACAAAAAUUCAUAGAAUCGUCUACAAUGUUCCACGAGUAUAUUCCCUAAAUAUCAACCAACGAAUCGAAGACGUAUUAAACGAACAUUGCCUCUCGGAUAAUUGUUAUUUUGACUUAUCAACAACAUUGUAAUCUUACACAUCGAAGAUUCUUUUCUUUACAGUUCUACAUUUCAUUUUUCUUAAACUUUCUUUGGUGCUUAGCAAACGUUUUUGAUCCUGUGUUACGAAAAUUGAAGAGCAUAAGAGAAAACAUACCGAAUUCGUUGUCAUUUCGUAUAAUUACGUGUUUUUCAUUUUGUAAAACAGUAUUGAACUUUUUAUCUUGUGAAACCUUGACGAUAGAAGAUGGACACGUAUUUUGGCUGCAAACCUCCGAUACCAAAAUUGAUAGAUCUGGUCAGAGAAAGGGAAAUCAGGGAAUCAACUGCUCGAAUUUUGACCUCAAAAAGAAACGUCACACGGGAUCUUGUUUAUCGUUUAGGUCUGGAAAGAGAAUUGGAGGGGCAUCAAGGAUGCGUCAAUUGUUUAGAUUGGAGCGAUACAGGAGAGAUUCUUGCUUCUGCUUCGGAUGACAUGCAUAUUUUUUUGUGGAAUCCUUUUUUACACAAGAAAAUAUGCUCAUUCAACACUGGUCACAGCGGAAAUAUAUUCUCCGUAAACUUCAUGCCAAAAUCGAACAACAAUAUUGUGGCUUCGGGAGCUGCUGAUUCAAAAGUGAAGGUGUUCAAUUUAACACUCUCCGAGGUUUUGCAUGCUUGUUCGUGUCACGGGGAUCGUGUAAAGAGAUUAGCAACGGCAGAAAAUACGCCUCAUUUGUUUUGGAGCGCGGCGGAAGACGGCCUUGUGCUUCAGCACGAUUUACGUGCCCCGCAUACGUGCUCCGCUGACGAUAAAGCGAUACUCAUCGAUUUAAUAGCUCAUAUAGGACGCGACGCUGAAGCUAAGUGUGUCGCGGUCAAUCCUAUGCGAUCGGAACUUGUAGCUGUCGGCGCUAAUGAUCCUUACAUCAGAAUGUACGAUCGUAGAAUGAUCAAAGUCAGCCAGCCCACAGUUGAGAUAUUUGCAACCAGCGAUACCGCUCCCGCGGAUCCGAGAAUGCGCGAAAAAGGCCAUUCGGAUGAAAAUAUCCCGUUCGAUUGCGCCCAGUAUUUCAUUUCGGGUCAUCUCCUUUGCAGACCUGUGAAUAACUUGAGAACCUAUGCAGCUACUUACGUCAAGUUUUCUCAGGAUGGAAACGAACUUCUUGUCAAUAUGGGAAACGAACAGGUUUAUUUAUUCGACCUAAUCAAUGCCAGGUACAACAAACUUUUGUACAUACCACGUUUGGAUCCCUCCGGUUCAGUAGACGAUAGUGCCCAUAUAAAACAACUGCUGCGGAGCUCGUUGUAUGGUACAGUCUCUGACAACACCAAGGAUUAUCCUGCUCUUAAUGUCAAAGAUUUGCCUCAACACGCGGAGGAGCUCAAACUUGAAGCGAAUAACAAAUUCCAAACGAAAAAUUAUCUGGCUGCGAUUAAUCUGUACAACAAAGCUCUUGAAUAUUGUCCAACAGCAUCGGUGCUUUAUGGCAACAGAGCUGCAGCUUUGAUGAAAAGACAUUGGGACGGUGACGAUUAUGCAGCACUCCGAGAUUGUCAAACGACGCUGCUUCUCGAUCCUGAACACGUCAAGGCUCACUUCAGAUUAUCUCGAUGUUUUCUCGAACUGCAUCGUCCGGACGAGGCGUGGAGAGUGGUGAUUGAUUUUAUCACCAAAUUUCCCGACUACUCCUCAAAUUCUGCGCUACGCGCUCUCAAGAAGGACAUUGUGAAUGCGAUUGAAGCCAAUAAGCAAGGUUCAAGUUAUGCUCAUGGACAAACAUUGUCGAUGUACGAGACUGCCUGGAGAUUACGAACGAUCGAUUAUAAAUUUAGAUAUUGUGGUCACAGCAACACAACGACCGAUAUCAAAGAAGCCAAUUUUUUCGGCAGCGAUGGACAGUACAUAAUAGCAGGUUCGGACGACGCUAAUAUUUUCAUUUGGGAUCGUUAUACGACCAAUAUAGUGAAAAUAAUAGCCGGUGAUUCAAGGAUCGUUAAUUGCAUCCAGCCCCAUCCAUCAGCCUGUUUACUGGCAACCAGUGGUAUUGAUCCAGUAAUAAGACUGUGGAGUCCAUUGCCCGAAGACGACAAACCGAAUGUGCGAAUCGUUUCGGAUCCAGACGGAGCCGCGCGCAUGAAUCAGAUUCGGAUGUACAGCGAUCCAAUCGCAUUAAUGAUGAUGAACAUAAGCAACAAUGCGGCGAGAGAGAGUUCGCAGCUCUAUGAAGAAGAGAGCGAAGCCGAGGAUCAGAAUGACCCACUUUAUUUUCAUCGUACGUGCAGACCGAGUUAAAUUUCUUUUACAAGAUUAUUCGCCGAGUAUUAUUAAUCGUUAAUGUGCGCGUUUUCAUCGGUGAGAGUAAGAAACUAUACAAUUAUGAAACGAAAAGAUGAAGGAUGAAAGGACACGGAGAAAGAAUGCACUGGCCAAAUUCUUUGAUCGUCGAAAUGCCUCGAUUCUCAGUAUUUUCAAUAUUUAUAUAUGUAUAUACAUGUAUGCACCUCAGCAUUUUUGAGAUUUCGAGAUAUGCAUGUAUGUUAUAUAUAUAUGGAAGAAAAAAAAUGAAAAUAUCGCUUUUGCCAAUAAAAUCUAUUUCUCAAAACA